AUCGCGAAUCCGGCGACACGACUGAAGGAUCCAAUUAAACGUGUAGACAACUGGCACCCAGCAUCUGUAUGGCAACAUUACCCAGAACUUCCAAAUCUUCUGUGACGAGUUCUUUUCUUUCCCGGCCACAAUCUGGAUUCGAUACUGGUAUCAACACGUCAGCUGCGUGGACGGAACGUCUUGAACUGGGGUCUGCUCCCCCUUCUGACGAUGAGCUAAACGACGAAGAGAUCUACCACCCAGCACGAGCACUGUACGACUUUGAAGGAAAGGCCGAAUUCAGAGAACUUUCCGUUAACGCUGGCGAUGACCUUGAGGUUGUCAAAGAAGAUCUGGCAGAUGGGUGGAGCUUGGUGAAGGACGCGUCGGGCGAGAUGGGUCUCUUACCCCGGUCAUAUUAUACUUUUACAUCAGAGUUCAUCCUAGCCCCCGAUCUCGAUUGGUCUCAGUCCCACCUCAGGGAAGCUUCAUCAAGCACUAUCACGCCUCGAAUAUCACCCAGAACUUCUCGAGAAAAUAAUAAACCCAUCGUUCCCCAACAUACCGGAGACUGGGUCUUCCCGAGUUUCCGUCAGAGUCUUCUGAGAGGCAAGAGCCUCAAUAGAUUUUCCAGUUUUGUCACCAGCGGGGCAGAGGCGUGGGUUCUCAAGGGUACAGUAGCAGACACCGUUAUCACCGAGGCCUCACCCCAUAACAGGUUGGCUAGCAUUGAAUCUGAACAAGGGGAUAACGAUUCUGCAGAGUCAGGUAAUCGACUGAGCAAGGGAGAUGUCAAUCGACACUUUGUCGAUGCUGGGCAUGCAUGGAAGGAGAAACUCCCACCGUUUCGUGUCCUCGUCCACUCUCCGUCUAAACGCACCUCUGCACUUUCCGGGGCCUUCACGGUGUACAAUGUGACCUCUCUAUUUCACGGUCAGAUGGAUUCUGAUACGUCGCCAGGGUCACAGACACAGAUAACGGUGCAAAGACGGUACUCGCAGUUUGUUAUUCUUCAUACGGCUCUGAUGAGGCGCCUUCCUGGAAUCGCGCUACCGCCGCUUCCAGAAAAGCAGUAUGCCGGCAGGUUCAGUGAGGAUUUUGUGGAGGCGCGUCGCGGGGACCUGGAGAGGUACAUCGGACGCGUGGUUCGUCAUCCCGUGGCAAGGUAUGCCGAGGUAGUGACCUUCUUUUUGGGAUGCGAAAGUGACAUUGAGUGGAAACGGCUAAUACCUCAACAUCUGUCGAUGCCUCCUGCAGGCCCAUCAUUUUACGCUCAUGUUUACCACCCCGCAUUUAAUAUUGAUGCUGAAGACGCCGAAGAAGCUGUUAGACGAUUUGAGACUCACACACGGGCUGUUGGGAAGGGCGUACAAGGCCUUAGGAAUAUAUUCGGUCGUGUUCGUGAAGCACGGAUUGAAAUGUCUAAAGCGGAGCGAUUACUGUCAUAUUCUUUACUAUCCUUGAUAACUUCUAAGCCCCUCGCUUCAGCGCCUACGACGGGUACGAUCGAGGAAGACAAUCACUAUAAUGUGAAAGAUGCAGGCCUCAUGAACGAAGAUGGCGCGUGGUGCUGGCGUGAGGGAUGUAGUCAUUGCCUUAAGCUUACUAAAGCCGUGCAGAAAACAUCCGAGGCCCUUCAAAAUAUUGGAGAUCUCUACGAUGACCAUGCGCGGAGGAGACAGCUAGCCACACAUGAGUCACUCAAGGCCGUUUCGCACCCAUCGUCGAUAUAUGAAGGCGUGGUGAGCACACACAAAUCUACAUUGACCCGAUAUCGAGAAUGCACGAAGGAGAUUCGUGCCGACGAAGAUAUGGCUGCACGCUGCGAAACAGUGCUGAACACUACCAUGGCAGAAAUGGAAACGUUUCAUGCACAAAAGAAUGAAGACUUUUCUACACUCGCCAAGGACCACCUGGACGGGGAGAUUGAGUUCUAUGAGCGGGUAUUACACCGGCUUCGCACAGCUCGCAAAUGCUUCGACGAGCCCCAGUAUGAGGCACUUGCGAUGUCUCCGCGGCAGCCCUCGAUAUACGAACGUGAACUGGAGAAUCCUCACUUAGGUUCUCUGCCAUUAUUACAACCAUGCCCCCACGUGUUUGAUUCUGCACCAAUGCGACCGGUCAGUGUCGCCAUCCAGGAAGGGGUGGGUAUGAUACUCGGUCCUAGGGGAAGCGUAUUUGGCAAGUUCUGGUGAUACAUUAACAUUUAUUUCCUUCCUAUUCAUGAUGCGACACGAAUCUCACGCGAAGUGUAUGUUGUAUUAUAUCAGUAGUAGAGUAUUCCUCUUCUUCUAGUAAUCGGACGCGGACGUCGAAUGUGGAGUGUGUAUGUCCUGGUACUAGGUCUUCCGGCAAGAACGAAGUAAAGUGGCUUCGGGAACUGGAUACAUGAACUCUCAUUUCGUUGUCAUUAUGAUCACUUGCCAGUGUUUUCGUGGUUCACCGGAUUCUAGAGGGGAAUCCGGUGUACCCUGAAACGGUGGAAGUUUACUUUACAUAUGAGAGUUCCUUACUUUAGAUAGAGAUUAAGUCCGUAAAUUCUAG